AUGGAACUCAGUGAUAUCCGGAGUAAAAAUAUUGAAAAUAUUGACAGUUCAGUAAAUAGGGUCUAUGCCGAGACAAGUAAACACAAGGGUUCAAAAGCUAAUGGAGUAGCGCCAUUUGCGAGCAAACGUCUGAACGGUCCAUCAUGUUAUAGAUGCGGAUCUAUUGGACACUUUGGUAAAGAUCCAGCCUGUCCAGCAAAGUCGCGAAAAUGUCACAAAUGUCACAACAUAGGUCAUUUUCAGAAAUGUUGUAAGUCUAAGGCAAAACACAAGUUUAAGAAGGAAGGGUAUGUGAAAAAUGUUGAAGACGAUCAUUCAGAGAGACAGUAUGCAUUUACGAUUCCAGAUAGUAAGCUCACAAGAUACAAGAUCAAGAUCGGACAGAUCCCAAUUAACAUUAUCGUUGACAGUGGGAGUUCUGCCAAUAUUAUUGACGAAGACGCAUGGGAACAUUUAAAAGAACAGAAAAUCUUGUGUCACUCUAACAAAAGAACUAAGAAGAAAUUGGGGAAAGCUCCAGCUCUGCUCAGUAGGGAAACUGCCGAGAAGUUAGGCAUUCUGAAAAUAGGGACAGUGUAUAAUGUUGAAGACAUAAGGACCGAGUAUGGUGACUGUAUUCAGGGUAUCGGCAAGCUCAAGGACUUUGAGUUGAAGCUUCACAUUAAUGAAGAUGUAGAGCCUGUUGCUCAGAAAGCUUAUUCUGUGCCUAUAUCACUAAGAGAGAAGGUGGCUGAAAAGCUUGAAGAACUUGAAGAAGAAGAUAUUAUAGAAAAGGCCGAGGGUCCGACGCCGUGGGUGAUUCCGGUGGUGGUGGUGCCAAAGCCAUCAGGGGACAUACGAAUUUGCGUUGACAUGAGACAAGCCAACAAAGCUAUUACCAGAGAGCGACAUCCGAUUCCAACCGUAGAUGAAGUAUUGGUACAGAUGAAUAAUAGCUGUUAUUUUAGUAAGAUUGACCUUAAUAUGGCAAUCUACCAAAUUCCAUUGGCCGAAGAAUCACGUUUCAUAACUACUUUUGUCACGCAUAAGGGCCUAUACCGGUACAAGAGGUUAAGUUUUGGAGUAAACGCAGCACCGGAAAUGUUCCAGCACAUAAUAACUCAGGUGUUACAGUCAUGUGACGGAGUUGCAAACAUUGCAGAUGACAUUAUAGUACAUGGUCAAAGUCAGAAAGAUCACGAUGCAAAUCUCAAAACCUGUAUGGAAACACUGAAAGCUAAAGGUCUCACGGUGAACCUUGAAAAGUCACAGUUCAACAUGAAUAAGAUAACUUUCAUGGGACAUGUUGUGUCUGAUAAAGGCAUAGUGCCUACAGAAGAGCGUGUUAAAGACCUUAUCAAUGCAUCAGAACCUAAGAACGCUUCAGAAGUCAGAAGUUUCCUUGGAUUGGUGAACUUUAGUGCGCGAUAUAUACCUGAUCUUGCUACAGUAACUGAACCAUUGAGAAAACUCACAAAGAAGAAUGCACAGUUUCAGUGGAAAAGUGAAGAGAAGAAGUCAUUUAAUGAGAUUAAGAGAAGAAUGGCAAACACAGAAACAUUGGCAUACUUUAAGCCAGGAUGUAAGACUAAAUUAGUGACAGAUGCUAGUAAUGUUGGUCUCGGAGCAGUGUUAGUACAAGAACAACACGGAAAAGAGAGAGUUAUCAGUUACGCUAGCCGUACACUUAGUGACAGUGAGAAGCGAUACUCGACGACAGAGAAAGAAGCUCUAGCUAUUAGCGAAGACGAGAGUGAAACAGAGGGAUUUAUUCGGUUUGUUGCAACCAAUGCAACUCCAAGUGCGCUGUCUACACGGGAAGUCGAGAGAAUUUCAGCUACAGAUGAAGAGCUGUGUGACUUUCGAUACUAUGAAAUAGACAUUAUCAAGACUAUUGCGUCUGAGAAGAUAAUUGACUGUCUAGAGAAAAUGUUUAUCAUUCAUGGACUGCCAGUGACCAUAACUAGUGACAAUGGUAGACCAUUCGUGUCAGAUGAGUUUGAGAAGUAUUUGUUCGAGAACAAUAUUGAGCAUAGACGAACAACGCCACUUCAUCCUAGUGCCAACGGUAAAGUAGAACGGCAAAACCGAACUCUGCUGAAACGUAUCAAGAUUGCGAAUGCCGAAGGGAAGAAUUGGAAGAUUGAAAUCCGAAAGUUUCUCCUAGCUUACCGCACAACACCACACAGUACGACAGGUGUACCACCAUCGGAAUUGAUGUUCAACCGAAAGAUCCGAACUAAGUUACCUGAAAUUCAGUUUUCGUUGAAUGAUGGGGAAGUACGAGAUAGAGACAUGUUCAGGAAGGAGAAAAAACCGUAUAGAGUUGUGGAGAAGUACGGAAAUCAAGUAUCACUUGAAUCGCCAUCUGGAGUAACGCGAGUCAGAAACUCCACACAUGUGAAGGAAUUCCGGGAACCAGAAGUUGAGACGUCGGAGGGAGGAUUAAAAGACAAAGCUGUACGUCUUUUGAUGAAGGGGUGUAUGCCCAUGUGCCCGCCGGCUAAGAGGGAUUGGUCCGAUGUGACGGACUUUGUGUUCCAGCGGGGUCAUCAAAAAUUAUGCUGGCCUCCAGCAAACUGGCGCUCCAUGACGGCCGACCAAAUGGCCCAUGAGUAUGCUGCCAUCGUCCUGGAGAAGUCCUUGACAGCGACUUCUUUCCCAACACUGACCAGAUGA